UGUGAUUCAUCUACGAAAUAUGAAAAAAUUCUCUAAAGAAGAAGAUGUUGGUAUUGUUCAAGCAUGGAUCAAUGUUACAACAGAUCCACUUUAUUCAGGGAAACCCCCCAACUGUUUUUGGUCAAAUAUUUUUGAUAUAUUCGAUACGUUAACAGGUAAUGAAAAAUAUAGAACUAAAAAAGAUGUUCAAAAUAGGUUCCAUCGCAUCAACAAGGAGGUGGAAACUUUUGUUGUGUUUCAGGCUGAUGUUAACAUACGGAAUCCUAGUAUGGCGUAUGAGGAACGGCAAAUUACAGCUCGGUUGGAAUAUUACCACGAGACAGGCAAUGAUUUUGAGUAUGAGGAAUGCUAUGAAAUCUUCAAAUCAAAUCUUGCGCACUAUAAUCCCGACGAAUGAUUAAAUUAGAAU